GGUCCGACGCGUAAGAUAAGGUGAGGAAUGAAUUCCUCCUCACUGAUGUUGCGUCGGUUCUUGUGCUUCAACGCCUCGCCUCCAUCUUCUUCUUCUUCUUCUAUUCUAUGCUUCUCUUCCAGCAGGAAUAGGAAGCCCCUAGUCUUCUUAGGCUCUCCUCAGGUCUCUGCAACUGUUCUUGACGCCUUGCUGAAUGCAUCCGGUGGCCCAGAUUCUCUGUUUGAGGUUGCAGCAAUUGUGACUCAACCACCUUCCAUGAAGAAUAGGGGGAAGAAGGUGCUGCCGUCUCCUUUAGCACAACAUGCUCUUGACAGAGGCUUUCCUUCAGAGCUCAUUUUCACACCUGCACGAGCUGGAGAGGAUAUGUUCCUGUCCAGCUUAAGAGCUUUGAAGCCAGAACUUUGUAUCACUGCUGCAUAUGGGAACAUUUUACCUAGCAAGUUUCUUAAUAUCCCGACUUUGGGCACAGUAAAUAUACACCCAAGUUUGCUGCCGUUGUAUCGUGGUGCAGCACCUGUUCAAAGAGCUUUGCAGGAUGGUGUCAAAGAAACAGGAGUAUCCUUAGCAUUUACUGUCCGUGCACUGGAUGCUGGACCUGUGAUAGCCAGUCAAGGACUGGAAAUUGAUGAUCAAAUUAAGGCACCAGAUUUGCUUGCUCUCCUAUUUUCUGAAGGAUCCAAACUAUUGAUUCACCAGCUUCCUUCCAUAUUUGAUGGUUCAGCUAAAUUAAAAGCGCAGUCCCAGGAUGACUCUAAAGCUACAUUAGCUCCAAAGAUUUCUCCUGAGGAGUCAUGGCUAUCAUUUGAUCAGGAAGCUGUAGUCCUACAUAACAAGGUUCGUGCAUUUGCAGGAUGGCCUGGAACUCGAGCUAAAGUUGUAGUUGUUGACAACAAAAAUGGUCACCGCAAUAUACUGGAGCUUAAAAUUAUCACAACCAAAGUUUGCAGCCAAAGCAAUAUUCAUGUCAACCAAGCGGAUGACAUCUCUUUUCGAAAGGGUGCAUUAGUAUUCCCCUGUGGUGGGUCCACAUCACUUGAGGUGCUGGAGAUUCAGCUUCCAGGUAAGAAGGUUAUGAAUGCAGCUGCCUUCUGGAACGGUUUACGUGGUCAACAACUUAAAAGAUUUGUUGAUGAGUAAUAUUGUAGGUUCUUUUUUUCCUUCUUUUCUACUAAUUCAUUUAGUUAAUUUCAUUGGAAUUGAUACUCGAUCAAAGAUGGGCAGAUGUAAUGUUAUCAGAAAAUUGUUAAAAUUUGGUAUUUGUAAUAAUACUAAUAAAUAGCAGAUUUCUCGAGAUAGUUUCUUAUGAA